UAUUACUUUCCAUGUGUAAACUAAACUCGAGCAUGUCCAGGUUUUACAAGGUUUUUCUUAGAAACUGAGAAUUGUUGUACAAUGUCAGUAGAAGCAUAAGGUCUGUAUUAAGGUAAUGGGAGUUAAUGUAGCUGGACUGGUUGUACUGAUUGUGUUUUAUCUUGUGAUCUUCAUCGUUGGAGUGCUUGCUGCUCGGAGAAAGAAACAAAAUGGGGGGACCAGUCAGAUGGAGUCAUCCAUUGUGGCGGACAGAAAUAUCAGCACAUUUGUUGGAAUUUUCACAAUGACAGCCACUACUGUAGGAGGGGGAUACAUUAAUGGAACAGCUGAAUCCAUAGCAACAGAUGGUUUAGUAUGGACAUUGGCUCCUCUUGGUAUAUUUCUAGGCCUUCUCACAGGUGGUCUUGUAUAUGCGAAGCCAAUGCGAGAGAGAUGCUACAUGACAAUGCUAGAUCCAUUCCACGAGAGGUUUGGCAAUGUAAUAGUGAUGUUAGUGUACCUUGCAUCAUUGUGUGGCGAUCUUUUCUGGACAGCUUCUAUUCUCUCAGCAUUAGGGACCAGCUUGAGUGUUAUAGUUAACCUUGACCUUACAGUUGCUAUAGUUGCAUCAGCUGGUGUGACUGUUGCCUAUACUAUGGUAGGACAGAUGAUCAGUGUGGCCUAUACUGACAUUGUACAGCUUAUUUUCAUAACAUUUGGACUGGUGCUUAGUGUACCAUUUGUGCUAACCAACAAAAGUGUUGGAAAUAUUUCACCAGAUUCAACCAACUGGCUUGGAGAACUGAACAAAAAUCUUUCAGCACAGUGGGUGGAUCUACUUAUUGCCAUGACAUUUGGGACAAUACCUUGGCAGGCGUACUUUCAGCGUGUAUUAUCUGUGAAGACUAGUCAACAAGCACAGGUUUUAUCAAUUGCCGGUGGUUGUUCAGCACUGAUUCUUGUCAUACCUUCAGUCCUUAUAGGAGCUGCUGGUAAAUCUGCAGAUUGGAAUGGCACCAAGUUGGGUAUUUCACCUCUAGAGAUUGGUAAAGGAAGUAUGAUCCUGCCCUAUGUUCUUUAUGAAUUUACCCCUCCGGCUGUCUCAAUCUUAGGUUUGGGAGCUAUAUCAGCUGCAGUAAUGUCAUCAAUGGACAGUUCUAUACUAGGAUCUAGUUCCAUGUUUACAUACAAUAUAUAUAAACAUAUCUUUAGACAAAAGGCAUCAGAUAAAGAGUUACUAUGGAUACAAAGAACAGCUAUAUUUUUGAUCGGUAUCAUAGCAACAGUGAUAUCAAUCUACGUUCCUAUCAUAUACGGCAUGUUUAUACUGGCGGCAGAUAUUGUGUUUGUUAUAGUAUUACCACAAUUAACCUGUGCACUUUUCUUCAAAUUUUCAAACUCAUACGGGGCAUUAUGUGGUUUUCUUGUUGGUUCCAUUUGCCGUAUAGGCGCUGGCGAGCAUUUUUUAGAUUUUGACAGUUUUAUACAUUACCCUUGGUACAGUGAAGAAAUGGGUCAGUUAUUUCCAUUCCGGACAUUUUCAAUGCUGUGUUCAUUUAUAACAAUUUUAUUUGUGUCUUUUUUGACCAACGUUUUGUUUAAUAAGCAUAUCAUACCAGAGUAUAUGGACGUAAUGGGCAUUAAAUGUCGACGCAAUUACAGCUACAGUGUAACUACAAGUGAUGUACCAUGUGACACGGCGGGCAGGUCACAUGAUCUGACAGGUGCUACUGGAUCACAUGACCAAAGUGAUUCUGUACAUAAAGAAUCUGAUGAAAAGUUACGGGAACAAGUUUCACCAUUGUGAUGCAGCCGAUGAUUUAUUGUCUAGUUUGUAUAUUUAUACCUACGGACAAACAGAAAGUAUACUGUCUCUUGGGGUAGUGCUCCUUAAAAAAAUCUUAAAGAUUAUAGAAUUUAUACAUUUGGUGGGUCUGUUGCAAUUUUCUUGUUACACAAUUGUUACAAAUCAGUAUUUUAAUGAUAUAAGACUGUUUCUGUACAAUUGAUAUGAAUUAAAUUUUCAUAAACAGUAAUAUGUUUUGGGAAUAGUCCUCCAGGCCUGUUGCUCCAAUUAUAAAAAAUAGAAAAAGUUUAUAUAAACUGAAUGUUGUUUUGUUAAAAAAUACACUUGUGUUUUAAGAUUAACUGAUAAUGAUCAUCAUCAAAAUGCAUAUUAUAAUGAAU